AUGGAGGAGGACUUCAGAAAUGAGGAAGCUCGUAUGCGAGGACAAAAGUGUUACAUCUGCAAGGAACAGUAUGCAAAUGUUUUGUGUUGCGCGAAGAAGUGCUUCCGUUCAUUUCAUUCGCUUUGUGAGAUGCAGAAUGAGUGCCUGUCGCAUUACGUGGAUACGUUCCAGUCGUGGGGCGAUAAGGACGUAGCACUGGUGGGUAAGGUGAAAUACUCCGAGACCGAAGCCUGUGGGAUUUGCUACGAUGAGAUGAGACCGUACAGAAAGCUGGAAUCGAUUCAUGCCCCGUGCUGUCUGAAUGUCUGGUUCCAUCGGAGCUGCGUGGCACAGUUUGCCCAAUCGGCGGGGUAA